CCUGCCUUGGCUCUAUCUUUCCCACUCUCUCUGUCUCUCUCUCUCUCUCUCUCUCUCUCUCUCUCUCCCAGCAUGCUCUGCACCGGUAUCAAAUAUCAACUCUCCAAACCCUCAUUCCUCUUUUAACUAAAGCACCCGUAAAGCCGUAAACACACACACACACACUCUCCUCUCUCCUGUGUUAAGCUACCAAACCAGAUCAAACCCAAACCACCAAACCAACCACCGAAUCCUCGACUCCUUUUUUUUUUUUUUUUUGAAGAGCAGACGCUGAAAUUUGCCCAGGAGUUCACGAAAUGGGCUGUGCUCAGUCUAAAGUGGACAAUGAAGAAUCGGUGGCCAGGUGUAAGGAGAGGAAGAUCCUUAUGAAGGAGGCUGUGGUUGCUCGAAACGGCUUCGCUGCUGGUCAUUCUGGUUAUGCUGUUUCUCUUAAGAAUACGGGUGCUGCCCUUAGUGAUUAUGCCCAGGGUGAAGUCCAAGAGCCUCAAUCUCACCUCCAGCAACCUCCCCUUGAACCCAUUUCUCAGCCGCCUCCUCCUCCUCCCCCUCCUCCUCCCCCCUCUAUGGAGAGCUUUCCUCCUCCUCCUCCUCUCCCAAAUUUCUCUCCUAGUCCCACUCCCCCUCCCAUCAAGCGCGCGUUGAGCAUGCCUGAGAUCCCCAUGAUGCUGCACCGAAAGCCCGGCGAAAAUAUCGAUUCCAUUGCCAUUGCAGAGGAAGAGGAGGAGGAUGAGGAACAUGAAUUGGAUCACGGAGCUCGAAAUAGGAAUGCUAAUAAUUAUAAUAAGAAUAAAGAUUUAAAUGGGUCGAGGAAUCCACCUAAUGUGAAGGUAGGACCAGGGGAAAAGCCGCAGUCCCCACCAACGACACCGGAAAAUCACGCCGUGCCACCAAUGCCGGAGGCCAAGAAUAUGGCUUGGGAUUACUUCUUUAUGGUGGACAACAUGCCAGUUCCGUCUUUGGAACCUGUAGUUGACGUCCAUAAAAAUGACAGUACUUUUGGCAGAGUUGAAGAUGUGGGAGUUCGAUUUGGUGGUAUUGAGAAUCCCAUUGGCGGUGAAAUCGGUGCAGUUGAGCCUAAGACGCCGGAGAAACCAGAGGAACACUUGGCUACCGUGGUGGAGGAGGAGGAGGAGGAUAAGGAGCCUAAGAAGGAGAAGCUCAUUGAGCAUUCGAGAACAGCACCUCCUGAUUUUAGAGUGGUUGGGAAGAAGGUGGUACCAGUUCCAACGGUGAAUUUAAUGCAGGUUUUGAGCGAGAUUGAUGAUCAUUUCUUGAAGGCAUCGGAGAGCGCACAGGAGGUUUCAAAGAUGCUCGAGGCCACUCGCUUGCAUUACCACUCGAAUUUCGCAGACAAUAGAGGAUAUGUUGAUCAUUCCGCUAGAGUUAUGCGUGUCAUCACAUGGAAUAGGUCAUUAAGAGGUGUGCCUAAUGGUGAAGGUGGCAAGGAUGAACUUGAUUCUGAAGAUUAUGAGACUCAUGCCACUAUAUUAGAUAAGUUGUUAGCAUGGGAAAAAAAGCUCUAUGAUGAAGUAAAGCAAGGAGAGCUUAUGAAGCUUGAGUAUAGGAAGAAGGUUGCUCUGCUAAAUAGGCAGAAGAAGCGUGGUGCCAGUCCUGAAACUUUGGAAAAAACAAAAGCAGCUGUAAGUCAUCUGCAUACAAGAUAUAUAGUUGACAUGCAGUCCAUGGACUCUACUGUUUCAGAAGUUAAUGAUAUACGUGACAAGCAGCUGUAUCCAAAACUCGUUGAUCUUGUUAAUGGGAUGGCCAAAAUGUGGACCAGCAUGUGCAUACAGCAUAAUGGCCAGCUGAAGAUCGUUACAGACCUUAAGAACCUUGAUGUCAGCCAUGCUGUGAAGGAAACCACCAGACACCAUCAUGAACGCACCAAACAACUUUAUAAUGUUGUGCAAGGUUGGCAUUCGCAAUUUGAAAAGCUUGCGACUCAUCAAAAGCAAUAUAUUCAAACUCUUAAUAACUGGUUAAAGUUAAAUCUAAUCCCAAUUGAGAGCAGCUUGAAAGAGAAAAUAUCAUCUCCACCUAAAGUCCCAAAUCCCCCUAUCCAAGCCCUCCUCCAUUCAUGGAAUGACUGUCUAGAAAAGCUUCCAGAUGAGGUGGCCAAAUCUGCUAUCUCAUCCUUUGCUGCUGUUAUAAAAACCAUAGAACUGCAUCAGGAAGAAGAGAUGAAGCUAAAGGAGAAGUGUGAGGAAACCAGGAAGGAAUUUAUUCGUAAGAAUCAGGCAUUUGAAGAGUGGUAUCAAAAGUACAUGCAGCGGAGAACCCCAACUGAUGAGACAGAUGCUGAAAGAGGUGAAGAUGCAAAUUCCAAGGAUCCUGUAUCAGAGAGGCAAUUUGUGGUGGAGAGCUUGAAGAAGAGGUUGGAAGAAGAAGUUGACGCUCACCAAAGACAUUGCCUUCAGGUGAGAGAGAAGUCACUUGGAAGUCUAAAGAUUCGCUUGCCUGAGCUAUUUCGUGCCAUGUCAGACUAUGCUCAUACCUGCUCUGAUGCUUAUGAGAAAUUGAGGGCCCUCACUUAGUUGCAGAAUUCAACUCAUGGUCCUCCAUAGUGAUGUAAACUCUGUCCAGUUAGUAAAUUUCUCCUUUUAAGUUAAAUCUGAGUCGACUGUACCCUUUUUCUGAGACAGUAUGCAAUCUUUAUUUUUUCCUGUGUUGAAAAA